AAAGGGAGUCAAUCACAUCGUUCAGAGGAAUCUCUGCCAGCACUACACAGCCCAGACCUGCUGCCCUCUGGCUCAGAGUCCUGCCAGCACCACCCCUCGGAUCCCAUGCCCUGGGACUCACUGCGCCCCUAUCCCGCCGCAUUGCCCUUCGUGACUGGAGCCCCCUGGCCCUGCCACAGCCCAGUCCUGCGAGCCUCCCUGGCCACCACCACCACCAUGCUGGCUGCCGGCUUCACCCUAACCCUCCUGAUGGUGCUGCCUGGGACACGCGCAGACCUGGAGGGUGCAUGGUGCUAUGAUUCCCAGGACCCCACGUGUGGACCCACCCACUGGAAGGAGGUGGCCCCUGCCUGUGGGGGCCCAGCCCAGUCCCCUAUCAAUAUUGACCUUCACCUGGUCUGGAGGGACCCUACCCUUGGGCCUUUCAUCUUCAAAGGGUACAAUGCUGCACCCCCGGGCCCGUGGAUCCUGGAGAAUGAUGGCCAUACAGUGCUCUUGCGAGUGGACACUGGCCAGCAGAGCCGCCUGGAGAUUCACGGCGGGGGACUGCCCCCGUCGGUCUACCGCGCCCGGCAAGUGCACUUCCACUGGGGUGCUCCUGCAUACGCGGGCUCAGAGCACAGCCUGGACGGGCAGCGCUACGCCAUGGAGAUGCAUGUGCUGCACGUGAACUCGCGGUUCCGGAGCAUGCGCGAGGCGCUGGGUCAUCCUGACGGGCUCGCUGUGCUGGCCGUGCUGUUGACAGAGCAAGACACCGACAACCCCAGCUUCUCGGUCCUAGUGUCUGGUCUCAAGAACGUGUCUGCGCGCGGGCUCUCCACAGAGCUGGCAUCCACCUUCUCUCUGGCCUCCUUGCUACCAGCCAGCUCCAGCCUGGGGCGCUACUACCGCUACUCAGGUUCGCUGACCACACCCGGGUGCCAGCCAGCGGUGCUCUGGACCGUCUUCCAGGACACGGUGCCGAUCGGGCGCGCGCAGGUAGCUCAGUUCCAGACCCUGCUCGCGGCAGGGCCCCCCGGCUCCGGGCCCACGCCACUGGCUGACAACUUCCGCCCGCAGCAGCCGCUUGGCAGCCGGAGGGUCACCGCUUCCCCAGGGGCCCUGGUUCGUGCAGCAGCCCCGCGCCUGGGCCUGGACGGAGCGCUGGCUGCUCUGCUGACCCUGUGGAUUGGCCGGCAACUCGGACAGGGGGUCUAGAGCCACAGGCGCCCCUCCUGCGCACCCUUCACCCCACAGGGCCAAGUGCGUCCUGGGCAUGCUGCCUCCUCCACAAAAGUUGAGAACCCCCAUUCCCACCCUGUGCGACCCUGGAGUGACCUCCUUCUGCACCCCCAACUACAGCCAGCCUGGAUCCCCUCUGGAACUGCCAAUGAUCCGAUCCACCUUCCCAACCCCGCCCCCGCAGCCUCCCCCCUAAUCAUGUCUGUAUCCCAUGUCAGUUGGGAGGAAAAAAGAUGAACAUCACCCUUCACCUAAAGAUUACACUUUAUAAAAAGAGGUUUUAAAAUA